AUGACACCUCCUUCACCAUCUCUUGACCGCCUUCUUGACCCUACAUCUGCUUCUCCUCCCUCCUCCGCGCGGUCACGACCAUCCCUAGAUACCCCAUCCUCCGACUCCCACAACGAGGACCAACCCACUCGCCCAUCCUCUCCCUCUCCUCUCGACGGCGUCUGCGAUCUCGAACCGCUUCCCGAACCCCUGUCUGGUCCAUCCACCCACGCGACCACCUCGAAUGCUCUCACACACUCGAUAGCGUCCUCCUCGGCUUCCUCUCCUUUCGCCGCCACUGGUCCCUCGUCCGGGCCCAUCAUUGAGAUGGAACCAAUGACCGGUGCCGGCCAUCGCCGGCGCCGCAGCAGUCUCAUGCAGAGCGUCGGCGCAAGCACGCCUGACAGAGCCGCCCGCCCUCGCGCACAGUCGCUUCGAACACCCGGCGCCCGAGCGCCAGGCGGCCUUGCUGAGGAACCGAAGAUCUCGGAGGAAGCUCCAGGGGCUUUCCCAUCAGCCUCUGCAGAUCCCGCGGACGACAGUUUCUCGGACGAAGACCUACAUGAUGACGAGGAGACGGGGCUCACAAAAAAGGACAAGAGGCGGAAGCGGCAGAGGAAGAGACGCAACACACUUCUCGACCAGAGGAUAGCAAGAGGAAGGAACCUGGCCAUCAACGCUUCGUUGAUCCUGUUGUGGUACAUUUUCUCACUGAGCAUCUCUUUGUACAACAAGUGGAUGUUCGAUAAGGAUCGUCUCAAUUUUGCGUUCCCCCUAUUCACAACAAGCUGUCACAUGCUUGUCCAGUUUGCCCUGUCCGGCCUGGUUCUCUACUUCAUCCCAUCAUUACGACCUCAAAAUGCCCAACACAACUCGGAUGCCGGUCGGUCACGACACGAGACGGAACCCGAUCGGCCCUUGAUGUCGAAACUAUUCUACCUCACGCGCAUCGGACCUUGCGGCGCGGCAACAGGGCUCGACAUUGGCUUGGGCAACACGUCCCUGAAGUUUAUCACCUUGACCUUCUACACCAUGUGCAAGUCUUCGUCUUUAGCAUUCGUCCUGAUCUUCGCCUUCAUCUUCCGACUCGAAAAACCGACCUGGAGACUUGUUGCCAUCAUAGCCACCAUGACUGCCGGCGUCGUUCUCAUGGUAUCAGGCGAGGUAGAGUUCAAGCUCGGUGGCUUCGUCCUCGUCAUUUCCGCCGCCUUCUUCUCUGGUUUCCGCUGGGCCCUCACUCAGAUUCUUCUACUGCGCAACCCUGCCACAUCCAACCCCUUUUCUAGCAUUUUCUUCUUAGCACCCGUCAUGUUUGUGGUUUUGAUGGCGAUCGCCAUCCCCGUCGAAGGAUUCCCUGCUCUCUUCGAAGGACUCAAAGCACUCGUCAAUGAGUGGGGCAUCAUCAUGACCCCCCUUUUCCUGCUGUUCCCCGGCUGUAUCGCCUUUCUCAUGACGGCUUCCGAGUUCGCUCUGCUGCAGCGGACCUCAGUGGUCACGUUGUCGAUUGCUGGAAUUUUCAAAGAGGUCGUCACCAUUUCAGCCGCCGCCCUCGUGUUCGAAGACCAUCUCACUCCCGUCAACGCCGUUGGGCUUGUCACCACCAUGCUUGCCAUUGUCGCCUACAACUGGAUGAAGAUUCGCCAGAUGCGACAGGAGGCUCAAGAGGAUGUCCAUCGUGGACACGCGGAGCCCGACAGCGCUUCCAACGACAGCGGGAGUGACACCGAAGACGUCGUCGGCGAGCAAGCUGGUCUGCUAGCACGGUCGAGUGCCGAUAUUGACGAUAACCUCGUUACUCUCGAUGGCGACAUUAUUCCCAAUCCCGCUCAGGACGCACAUUUUGAGGCGCAGGAGUCUCGAACGGCACAAGCUCAUAGGGAUAAUUGA